GAAAGUAGCUGGCGGUUCACAAAAGAACUACAGAAAAAAUAAUAUACCGCAUACCAACGGCCAAUGGAAGCUGGGUCCUCUGUGUGUUCGACGACAAGUGUUGCGACAAUGUCGUGAAUAGCGACGCGACGACAAAAGUAAAGACCUCUGUGUGUUUAAAGCAAAGGAGGUGAUUGCACCGUACACUUAUCCUUACGUUCCCCAGCCCUUCGAUUCUGAACAAUGGCAGGCACUUUGGCUCGUAAAGCGGUUGACCAUCUCCGAAGCAAGGAGUUUAGAGAUUAUUUGAUGAGCACGCACUUCUGGGGACCAGUGGCAAACUGGGGCUUACCAAUCGCUGCCAUCAGUGACAUGAAGAAGAGCCCAGAGAUCAUCAGUGGGAGGAUGACCUUUGCUCUUACCUGCUAUUCGCUUAUUUUCAUGAGAUUUGCCUAUAAAGUUCAACCAAGGAACUGGCUUCUCUUUGCCUGCCAUUUCACAAAUGAAACGGCUCAGCUUAUACAAGGUGGAAGACUGAUCAAGUACAAAUUGGAGAAAAAGCUUUCUUAAUCAAAUGGAUGGAUGCUGAAGAUUACACAUAAACAAGUGUCGGUGCCUCUGAUUUUCAAACAUAUGCCUAUUUAUUAUGUUUUUUUUUUUUUUAAUGAAACACCAGGUGAACAUUUCUACUCCUAAAUGAUCAAACAGAAUAUCACUUUUUGAUGACUUGACUGUGUAGCUCUUCAGAUUGCCUUCAUAAAUUGUCCAUAACACAUUUUGCAGAUGGUUAUGGAAUUUUAUAUGUACAUGAAUACAGAUACUGCAGUUUUUAAAGAGAAGUAUUUUGUUAUUAAAUAACAUAUACAAUGUGACGUUAAGGCAAUUAUGUUUGUUGGUUAACUGUAAUUUAUGAGAUUAAGUAAUCAGAACAACUUGGCAAUAAAAGUGACACUGACA